CCGUGCGGCGGCGCCGCCGGGGGAUGCUCGUGCUGGGCCCGGCCUCUCCCUCUUCAACUUAGGGCGGCGGCGGGCCCGCGCCCCUGGCUCCCGGGCCAUGGCGCUGAGGGAGCUCAAAGUGUGUCUGCUGGGGGAUACAGGUGUAGGUAAAUCGAGCAUCGUAUGGCGGUUCGUGGAAGACAGUUUUGAUCCGAACAUCAACCCAACAAUAGGGGCAUCUUUUAUGACCAAGACUGUCCAGUACCAAAAUGAGCUACACAAAUUCCUAAUCUGGGACACAGCUGGACAAGAACGAUUCCGUGCCUUAGCACCCAUGUACUACCGAGGGUCGGCUGCAGCUAUAAUUGUUUAUGAUAUCACAAAAGAAGAGACAUUUUCAACAUUAAAGAACUGGGUGAGGGAGCUCCGGCAGCAUGGCCCGCCCAAUAUUGUGGUUGCCAUAGCAGGAAAUAAGUGUGAUCUUAUCGACGUCAGAGAAGUCAUGGAGAGAGACGCGAAGGACUACGCCGACUCCAUCCAUGCGAUUUUUGUGGAGACCAGCGCGAAAAACGCAAUAAACAUAAAUGAACUCUUUAUAGAAAUUAGUCGAAGAAUUCCGUCCGCCGACGCCAGCCCACCAUCUGGCGGGAAGGGCUUCAAGCUCCGGAGACAGCCUUCCGAGCCGCAGCGAAGCUGCUGCUGACCGAGCCUCGGCCUCCGGACUGGGUGAUGAUGAACACUCCAUUUCAUCUUGCACCCCGUGUCUUCGUGUGCCCGCCCACUUUUCAGCCCGUCCACAGGAGACUCUGAAGCACGUUCGUGUCGUGCGAGGGCACAGAGCGCUUGGCUCUCAGUCUUUAGAGAUGUCUCUGCCUCACCUUCCACGCGCCCCUCCCUUCCACCCCCCAUCUGGAAAUCACAAUAAAGACAUACGCCACUCUGACAAGCCUGACUAGCCCUUCCUGGCCUGGGGGUGAAAGAUUAAGCUCCGCGUUCCGUCAUUUCACCUGGUCUGGGCGGUCAGUUUCUUGUAGCAUUUACAGCGACCCCAGACAAGUGUUUUAAGGGAGCUUUCCUUGUUAACAGUUCAGCUUAUCUUUGUUUCCUUUAUUCCCCUGCCUCUGUUAGUGGUUAACACUCUUUCCCUCGGGGAGCCUAAUGAGGUUUUUAAUAUAAUCUAAAAAUAAAGCACUGAAGUGAAGUUGGUGACAAUUUGCUCCUGGUCUAAUUUGGCACCCUUCCAACCUGAGUAUUGUAAGGGAAGGAAAUUUACAAGAUUAAAUAGGAAAUGAAACAGCUUGAAUUUCAAACUGAAUUGUGUUUUCAGAGCUAUCCUUAAACCGAACAGUUGAAACUUUUAAAAAUAAUUGUUAUUUCCCUGUGCUCCCCCCCACUUGAUAGGGGUAGAUUUUAAUGGGAAAAUUAUAACGCAGAUUAAGUAAAAAACGAUUCCCUUUUCCCUGGUGGAUAUCUUAAGCAUUUGAAAUUAUUUAUUCUCUUCCUGAAAUCAUAUGGAAGGAAUGUGGCUAGGGAAAAUUCUAGCGUUGUGUUUAAAAUACGUGUGGACUCUGCCCUCCCAGCCUCUUGCCUCCUUCCCACCAUGCAGUUAGCUCUGAGAGAAAAACACACGGUUCUAAGCGUGGGCUCCUAACACCUGAAGUGGGCGGGCAGGGGACGGUGAACUUUAUUUCCUAUAUAUCCAGAUGGGGCAGGACAUCUGGCCCAUGCCCUGGUAUGUCCCUGACAUCCCCACUGCUGGGCCUCUCUCUCCGCGAAGGCCAACAAAAUAGAAACAAAGGUUGCUUGACUCCCAACUUUGAGGCGGUGCACGCGUGGCCCUUUUUUGGCUUGUUCCACCAAAAGAUGCUGCAAGUCUGUGACCUGCACAUUUUUUUCCUCCAGACCUGUCGGUGAUUUCACGGUGCCUGGGUGCACAGGGGAAGGCGGUCCCGUGCCUCUUACCGGCGAGGCGCUGGGCGACGCCCCUCCCUGUUGUGCCCUUGGCUGCGUGCGGCCCAAAGAGGGCCAGCUUCUCGGCCCCCCACAGCUGCUUUCUCUUCAGGACUUCUCACGCGCCUCCCCAUUGUCGAGGGCAUUUCUGUCGGGUUGCAGCCACGCGUUUUAUCCAGAGAAUGGAUGAUGUGGGGUGCCCAAGUGGCUCAGUCGGUUAGGCUCCUGACUCUCGAUUUCGGCUCACGUCACGAUCUCACAGUUCGUGGGUUCGAGCCCCGCGUCGGGCUCCAUGCUGACAGCGCCUCCUUCCUUCCUCCUCGUUUCCGUCAGACCGUCUCGGGAAGGGACGAGACCCUGCUCCUCCCGUGGUUGUCACCUUCCUGCUCAGCGGCAGAUUCUUAUCUGAGAUCCGUGUGGUCCAUACCCCCAUGAAAACAGGCGGGAAAUGUUUCCAUUUGUUUUGUUUGCUUGUGUGAUACAAAAGAGGAAUGUUAGAGGCAGAAGCGGUGUUUUGUUUUGAACACACUUUCGAUUAACGACCUGACCAAGCAAUGAUCUGAUACACAUUUGGUACAUUCUCUGUUGUCCCGUCUUAGGAGGAAAAAAACUAGAUUUCAAAGGAAUUGAGACACAGCCCAUCUCUAAAAAUCUUCUUUUUGGUUCCCUUCUGACAAAGGGCCAUUUGAAAAAACUUUGGGGACUGGAAGGAGAAAAAGCACUAAUUAGCUGCAAGGGUAUAUCGAUUCCUCUCAGAGAAAUUGAAAUGAGCUCUUUUGCAGGUGUCCAGUCCCAGGAACCAUCGGUCUCCAGAACUCUCCUUUCACACAAGUGUUUUUCUGAUUCUAUGAUAACUAAUUAGCCAUCAUUUGGUGAUUAAAAGAACAUAAAGUAAGAGUAUGAUUAAGUGUCCUUCAUUUUAAACUCUCUGUAAGAAGUGAUUAGGGAGAAGUACCUAUUGGAAGCCCUUCUGGUUCCAAAUGAAACCUCCAUCACCUGCUUUUCAGCCGCAGGCAGCCCGAGUGCCACGCGCAGCAACUGAAAGAUUUAGUUCUUUGAAAAUAACACACCUCCUUGCUGCCCAUCUGUGAUUUUGUUUGAAGCGGACGUCUCCCGUAUCUGGAGGAUCGAGCCGUUUGUAUUAGAGGCUUGACCUCCCCCCGGCCCCCCCUUUGCGUGGGCUGGUGCCCUUCUCGAGGUGAUCGAUUCUCAUUAUUUUUAAAUAUAUUAAAAAGGGAAAGAAGACCACAUUUAAUCGGAGCACUUCUAAGUCUUGUAUUCUCUUUUUUUCUGUUCUCAAGAAGGAAAACAGGUCUAGGAGACCUUCUAAAUUAAACUCUGGGGGAUAAAGUAACGCAAAUGUCCUUUAGGUAGCUUGCGUGGCUUUCCUGGAGAUGUCAGACCGAAAUAUCUGUACUUUCACGGCACUGUGUUCAAACGGCCAGGUCGGAUUCAGGUUACACGGCACUAAUUGGCAAGUUAGCCUCAGAGCUUGGAAAGCCAUUUGUUCAUGGUCGUAGGCACCUGUUACCUUCUGCAGGCGAGAUGCUAAAGAUCUAUAAACUCUUGUAAGCGUUUUUUUUCCCCUCAUUUGUUUCUGGUUGGGUUUGUUUUUGUUUUUGUUUUUUCUUCUUUCCUUUUUUUUCUUUUUUUUUUUUCCAGAGCACACUGAGAACAUGCUUCAUGGCCCCUUGGUCAUAUAAGAUAUAGGAGCCCGGUAUGUUAUACAUGACAAAUGGGCCCUCACACAUUCACGUCUUUGCAAGAACUGGUGUGAGUACUGAGAGAAGCCUUUCCUUCUGGGGAAAAGUUACUGAAAGCCCUCGGAUAUCUACUAGGCACCUGCUUUAGAAGGUUUUGUGGAGGGGCGGGAAACAGCCCACAAACUCAGGCUGGCUCUCUCCUCUUUUUUUUUUUUUUUAAUGUUUAUUUAUUUUUGAGAGAGAGAGAGCGUGAGCAGAAGAGAGGGAGACACAGAAUCCAAAGCAGGUUCCAGGCUCCGAGCUGUCGUCAAAGAGCCCGACGCGGGGCUCGAACCCACGAACCGUGAGAUAAUGACCUGAGCCCAAGUCGGACGCUCAACCGAUUGAGCCACCCAGGCGCCCCUGGCUCUCGGCUCUAAACUCUGUAGUCUGUAAAUGUUCCUCCCACCUCUAUAAUGAUGCAAGUUAAAGGCAGCAGUAAGCUAGAUGGUGUGAGCUUGUGGAAAAUCUCCCUCGUUUAAAUUUGUUUCAAAGGGACUAGGAGCAUGACUUCAGUUUGCUCUUUGACUUCAGGAGUUCCUCUACCUCUUAACGGUUCCAGUAUGUUUUAAAGGAAGCAAUGGAAGGGACCUUUAAGGAUCAAGCUAUUACUGUGUACCUGCCUUCAGUUAGCUUGGUGCAUCAAAAGUUCAAUAGCGAUGCAAGGUAAUGUUUAGGAGACUUAUUUUAACCCAUGUGGUGCUAUUAUAAAAAACGGUCCAAGCAACAGAUUUAUCCGAGAGCUAUGCAUUAUACUGCGUAGUUUUAGAAAAAGGGCGUGGGGUGGAAAUUCAGCUGAGGAGUGGAAGAAAUGACCUCUGCCAGUUCUCCUGGACAGCAGAGUUACUUGUCUUGACUUCCAGGAAUAGAAAUCCAGGCAAUUUGAUGAUCUGAUUUGCAAAAAAACAUUAACGGCAUUCUGGGGGCAUUCGUCCUGUUUUGUGUGCAAAUGAAAGUCUCUGAAAUAUUAGAAGGGUGUUACAUUUUUCAGGAGCCUCUACUUUUUCAAUCUAAGAGAAUGAUAAGAGAGACCUCGUGCAAUGAAGUUUCAUUAGACGUAAUGAAGAAAGUAAAUAAAUAAAACAGAAUCCCCAUAUUUCUCAGUCUGUCCUUCAGAAUUCUCUGAGUGUAUAGGAAAAUGAUUUACUUUCCAAAUCUAGAAGGACUUCCAGUCGGCAUAGAUCAACUUUAAUUUGAUGGUCUGCGCCAUCAGAAAUAACUAAUAUCUGUGUUCUUUCCUUUUAGAGUGUAAUCAAUUACAGAUGCUAGAAUAUUUUUGGCUUCAAAACAAAAGGGCUCCGAAGUUUAAUAAAAAGCAAAAUUUUAACCCUUCCAUCUUCUCCUUUUAUUGCAUUGAAUAUUUUAGAUGGUGAGAUGAGGAUGUGUCAUCAGUGGACACUGGAAUUAAAACCACGGAGUCUGAACAGAUUUAACAACAGCAAAAGCGUUUAUUGCUGGUUCAUUUUCAAAUGUGUAUGGUGCCCCGUACCUCAUCAACAUGCUUCGUAAAUGAAACAGACAAAAUUCGGGGUGGCUUUCCAUGCACGGGAAUCCAAGGGCCCAGAAUUCAGCUAAUGAACAGGAAAGGUAGUAAUGAUUUUUUUUGAAAAAGCCCUCUUUCACUGGCAGUCUUGAACUGCAGAUCUUCGUGUUCCCCUUAAUCACGCAGCGGAAACAAAACACGCUGGUCUUCGUGCCACUUCUUGAUUCAGGAACUUGUCCUUGUUUCUGGAAGCGAAUCGUUUAAGGCAGCAGUUGGAAGGAGCUCUGUCCAGACAGCAUACUGUGCACAAGGCCGAUCAUCUUCACGCGGAACCGAAAUUGUCCAGGAAACUCGCGCAUCCCGUGUCGGGUUGUAGAACAGCGGUGCCCGCCUCCUUCGCCAGGGCGAGUCCGAGCCCACUGGCUCCCCAGGCUGGCCGCAUGGCAGGCGGCACACCCACCCCCACUCUGGAACACUGUUGGGCGGGCAUUUCGCUCUGGGGCCUCGUUCUAGUACCAUUUGGGCUUGAUCACGUUUCUCAUCGAAUUUGUGCUUGAACGGUCCGUUCUAGCCCCUGAAACAUUUUGGAAACAAGGCUGAAGUCUGUGUGCCUCUGCUGACUUCGCAUAUGAGGUUAUUACGCAGUUGAUGGAACUUUGUGUUCGUGCGGGCCACGCACGUGAUGUCAGGGUGCCUGGUCGAUUGGGCGCGGGCGGUGGAGUUAUCGGCAGGUGGCCAGUCAGAGCAACUGACGGGUGGCUCCAUGUUUAAACCAUUUGUUGUCUUGUGUAGACAGAGCUGUAUUGCCCCGGAAAAGAUUUUUCUUUUUUUACUCUCCUCCAGCUCAGUCCUUCCAUCAUUUCGCUUGAUGAGUCAUUCACAUAAUUGUCAAUCAUGCCUCUGACCUUCUUAAGAAUUGAUGUCUUGCCUUCUCUGUGAUCGAAACAGACUUCUUGCCUUACUUCUCUUCUUCUCACUUGGCAGUGGGCUCUCCCUUAAGGACGCACGGCACCGGCCGCCUCCUUAGUGCAUGUGGCGCCCUUCGCGGGGCUGCCUGGCAGUGGGCUGCACCCGCCACGUCCAGCGAGCGCUGGCAGAAAUCGCGAAGGCUGGAUAAUUCUAGGCGAGGGGCUCCCGUGCUUCCAGAGAGGGGAUGGGCAGCACCGGUAGACGAUGGCAACACGGGUGAGUGGCAGGAUGGGUUUUAGAGUCGGUGAUGAGAUAGUUGGUCAGAACGCUGCGUAAUUUGUGACAGGGCGUUUGGGAAAGUGUGUAGAAACACACGUCUAGAGUCUUGAAGAGAAACAGCUGUGGAGAGGAGCCUCGACUUUUAAAAACGAACAAAAAAAUAAACAAAUAGAAGCUAUGCUGUCGUACCAGCAACUCUCAUUUCUCCUAAGAAUGUCAUGCCUUUUCAAGACCCGAUGCAAGGAGUAAGAUAUUUGUGCCUUUCUAUACUAGCAUCUAUUAUGAAAACGCACACGCACACACACACACACACGCACACACACAAUUAAGUUGCUUACAACUUAGACUGCUUUGUAGCACUAUAAACAGCCUGCAUUUAUAGCCGUGGCUUCACCGCAUGACACAUCGCUUGAUUGCCCGUGAUGGAAUACUGUCGGGGGGAUGGCCAAGCUUGUACGGACGUCGAAGACUUUAUUUUUGCAGUGUAUACCUUGGGCUGGACCUGAGUCUACAUGUGAACCGUAUGAUGUCUGUAUCGUUUGUAGACGCUGACAAAAGAAAAACAGAUCUUUUGAUUUUUUUUCUUGUUGUUGUAAGAUUUUUCUUUCUCUACGUAAUGCUGGUAGAAGGUAGUUUGCGAGCCGUGGUAGGUUUGGCAUACUUUUAUUGAACUGUAUUCCUUUAGCUUGCGUAUCCUGUAAUCAACUUUUAUAGCGCGUAACAUGCUAAAUCACUCCAAAGUUUGUUGCAUUGUAAGAAGGGUGUAAACAUUUUGUUAAUAAAAUGCUGUGUUUACAAAUA